AUGAGUACCAACAAGAGGAUUUGUAUCAUUGGUGCUGGUGUUUCUGGAUUGCCCGCUACAAAGUGAGUUGCUUGAUGUUGUUGUAGGUCUGGGUUUAGAGGUUUGAAGUGAUCUUUAUGGUAUAUCUUUGGUAGUAAAAAAUAGGCCUUUUGUAUACUAUUUUAGAUAUUUUAAUUAAGUUUCUACAUUUACAUCUUUUUGGAGUUUAAGUCGAGUGUAAAACGAUUCUUUCGAUAUUGUAGUAGACGUUUUGAACCUUGACCAAGCUUUUUAAAUUCACUUUUGCAAAUAUGACUUAUAUAGUACCAACUACUCUAAAUGACCUAAUAUUUAUUCCAGAUGGGCAGUACAAUAUGGCGUAGAGCCUACAGUAUUCGAAGCCCAAAGCCAGCUGGGUGGGCUGUGGAACUACAAAGAGGAAGAGACCGAGUUCAGCACGGUGAUGAAACAAACCGUCAUCAACACCUCCAAAGAGAUGUCGGCCUACUCGGACUUUGUGCCUGAUGCAGAGGAUGCCAACUUUAUGCAUCAUACCAGUGAGUUGUCUUGAAAACGUAGUUAUGAUGUCAUUAAUGAGCAAUACAACCUCUUUUUUCAAAAAUAAGCUUACAACUUGAGCUGAAGACAAACAGCUUUAUUAAUAGACGUCAAAAAAGUUUUGUCGUCACUUUAUAUUGCCUUUUACAAAAAAUGACAAAACUUUUUCUUACCCUUAUCACCUUUUAUGGUCUAGUAUAAUAUAAAACUAAACCCUAAAACCCUCUUUCAGAGCUGUGGAAAUACCUCGACCGCUACGCUGACACUUUCGACCUCAAAAAGUAUAUUCGAUUCAAUCACCGUGUAACCAACGUGGAACGAGCCUCCGACUACGCUCGCACCGGACGUUGGUUGGUUUCUUAUACUGACAAGUAAGCCUGGUUUUAUAUUGACAAGCAGAGCUAUAUACUGACAAGUAGAGCUAAACUUUCAAAAACCGGUAUUAAUUUUAAAAUUUUAAAACAAAAUUCAAUUUAAAAUGGCACUCUUGUAAAGAAAGUUUUUGCGUUUUUGCCAUUUUAUGAUCUGUAAAGAAAGUUCUUGCCAUUUUAUUUUCUGUAAAGAAAGUUGUUACCAUUUUAAAUUCCGUAAAGAAAGUUCUUGUCAUUUUAUGUUCUGUAAAGAAAAUUCUUGUUAUUUUAAAACCUGCAAAGAAAGUCCUUGCCUUUUUACGUUUUGUAAAGAAAGUUCUUGCCAUUUUAUGAUCUGUAAAAAAGUUCUUACCAUCCCCUCCAUUCUAACCCUCCCAUCCUUUUCAGCAACGGAAUCGACCACCAACAAACCUUUGACUUUGUCCUGGUCUGCGUUGGCCAUCACGCCACACCCAACAUGCCCAAGCCAUGGCCAGGACAAGACAAAUGGAACGGCCGGAUGAUCCACUCACAUUCCUACAAGAAACCCACCGGAUACGACGACAAGAACGUUCUGGUCGUAGGUAUUGGCAACUCAGCCGUGGAUGUAGCCUGUGAGCUGUCUCGUAUCGCUAAACAAGUGACAAUCUCAACCAGACGUGGUGCUUGGGUUGUGGGUAAGCACAUUGAGAAAGGGUACCCUAUGGACAUGUUCUUGAACACGAGAAUGAACAGUAUGAUCAAAUGGCUGAGCUUCGACUACUACAACAAGUUGUGCGAAGAGAAGUUCACCAACUUCUUCGACCAAGACGAGUAUGGGUUAAGGCCUAAACACAAGCUGUUGGCUCAGCAUCCCACUAUCACUGAUGAGUUGCACAGUAAGUUAGCUUGUAAACGGGGUGUCGGCUUAAAUCUCUUAACAUAAAAAAAAUUUUUAAAUUAAAUAACACCGAUACUUAAACUCAUACCUAACCCCUCAUUUCCAGACAAAAUCGGCUGUGGCACAGUAAUCCUAAAAGGUGACAUUAAGCGCUUCACAGAGAACGGCGUCAUCUUCGAAGACGGUUCCUUUACCGAAGUCGAUGAAGUCGUAUGUUGUACCGGUUUUACCUUCGACUUCCCCUUCCUCGACAGCGGAAAACUGGUACCAGUUGUGGAUAACAAAGUCGAGUUGUACAAGAAAAUGUUCCCAUUGAACUCGGCCGACAAGAAUACGAUAGCCAUUGUCGGUUUAUUCCAGCCCAUCGGCUCUAUUGUGGCACCGGCCGAGAUGAACUGCCGAGUGUUCUACGAGCAAGCCUUAGGCAAUGUCAAGCUGCCACCGAAGAAGGACAUGAUCAAGGACAUUAAGAACGCCAAUGAGAAAAUGUUCAAACGCUACACCAACGUGCCUCGACACACAAUCCAAGUGGACUACGUUGAGUAUAUGGAUGAGUUGGCCAAUUUGAUUGGCUGUAAGCCUCCAUUGACCAAGCUCUUCUUCACCGACUACACCUUGUGGAAGGCGUUGUUCUUCGGCCCAGAUGUGCCAUACGCUUACAGGCUUGUUGGUCCACAUGCUUGGCCCAAAGCGAGAGAAGUGAUAUUGGACGUUGAGGAGAGACGGAUCAAGGCGAUCAGAAAGAGAGAAACCCCUAACAAUCCUUUGAAGAAGGCCGAGAGUGUCAAGAAAGACUCGACUAGUCCAGCCUGGCUUACGGCUGGUGCUGUGGUGGCUUUGGCAGCUGGUGCCAAGCUUUAUCAAGCUGGUGUUUUUGAUAAUGUUGGACAAUUAUGGAAACAUCAUGCUUAA